UGGGGUCCAGGGUGCUGGCAGCUUCGCAGCUGGGAUGCACAAUUGCAAGAUUUGCUUAUGCUUCCCAGAUGAGGAUCGUUCGAAGGAACUGGAGGACAGAGGGACUAGACUGAUUUGUAUGCGUCUUCUACUUUGGGGACUGGAAGGCUGCAGAGACUGCUGUGGGCACCACCCUGUUUUACAAUGACUUCACGGUUCCUUUGUACAGCUACACAACAGAAAAGUACUGGCCAAAACUUAGAAGAGGACCAGGGUCAGAGCCAAAAUGAACAGAAGACUGAACCCACCCCUGCUGAGAAGACACUAAUAGAAGAUAAAGUCAAAUUGGAAGAGCAACUAAAAGACAUGACAGAUAAGUAUAAGAGAGCUCUGGCAGACACUGAAAACUUGAGACAAAGAAGUCAGAAACUGGUAGAAGAGGCCAAGUUGUAUGGGAUUCAGGGAUUCUGCAAGGACUUACUAGAGGUUGCUGACGUUUUGGGAAAAGCAACUGAAAGUGUUCCAAAAGAGGAACUCAGAGAUGAAAACCCUCACCUGAAAAGCCUGUAUGAAGGUCUUGUCAUGACAGAAGUACAGAUUCAGAAGGUGUUCAAAAAGCAUGGCCUGCUCAAACUGAAUCCUGUUGGAGCCAAGUUUGAUCCCUAUGAGCAUGAAGCAUUGUUCCAUGCUCCUGUGGAAGGAAAGGAGCCUGGCACCAUUGCAUUAGUAUCCAAGGUUGGCUAUAAGCUGCAUGGGCGCACCCUGAGGCCUGCCUUGGUAGGUGUCGUAAAGGGAUCUUAGCUGCUUAAUUGGUAGACAUUUAAAAAUGCCAUACAACUAUUAAAUAGAUGGAUAGUUUUCUUCCUCUGCAUCUUCUCAUCCCUGUACUCUUUGUGGACGGCUUACAAUUAGCCAAUUGAGUUGCUACAGUGAAAAACAAAGUGAAUGUUAGAUUAACUCACUUAGUGGACUAUAAAUAAUUUGAAGGGCCUACAAAGAACACUUUAGAUUGCAUUUCAUACUUCAGGAGAGAGCCUCCCAGAGCCAUUGUCACCUUGCAUUUUGGAUAACAUCUUAUCUGUUAUAAUUGUAGCCACUGAAAGUGUGUUAAUGAAAAACUAAAUGUAUCCACAGAAAUAACCUGAGUCAGAGCACUAUUUAGAGUGAAAGCAGCCUUCAGACUCUCUGCACCUUCCUUUGUAUUGUAUUUCCUAAUAUUGAAGUAGGCACCAGCUCUCUGCAAGUGUCCAUCAACUUCCAUGAGUCAACGAUGUUCAUCUACUACUGUCUCUGCUGGUCAGGAACUAUUUCUGUGUAUUGUCUCAUAUUCCAUGAGUAGGUUGGUUUCUCUUAACAGCAGAUGGUACAACCUUUGAGAAAUCUCAUCUAUAUAGAAGGUGGUAAAUAAACUGCAGUGGAUACCGGACUCCCUCUGUGGCCUUUAUUCAACUCUUCAUAUUCUGUAUGAAUUAAACUCUACUUAAGAAAACCAUUAAUAUUUGUAUGGCAUUGAAGCAGCUAAAAAUAAUUUAUCCAGUCUCUGGAUCUUUGAUUUAAUACAAUAUAAAUUGGUUUGAACAAUCUUAUGCUGUUCUUGUAAUUUUAAAGUUCAUAGUCAAGUUGUUGUGCUGUUUUAUUUGCAACUACUUGGAAGGUCACAAUAGCAAACUGACACAGGUUCAGUAUUUAAAAGUAAGUUUGGCACCUGUUCCCCUUUUCUUUUUCUUUUUUUUUUUUUAAUAUGAAUGCAUAGUCUGUACUAAUCACUGUUGUUAAAAAGUAACUGAAUCAAACAAACAAAAGACCUGCUCCAUUUACAUUCCUUAGUAAAAUUUGCUGUCCUGUAACACUAAGUUUCUAGCAAAAACCAUACAGGGCUGGUUAACUUCCAUUAUUUGUUUAAGGUAGGGGUGGGCAAUUAUUUUGAUUAGAGGGCUGCUUACUGAGUUUUGGCAAGCCAUCGAGGGCUGCAUGACGGGCAGCCAGGGGCAGAUAAAUAUUAAUAUUCUAAUUUUUUUAGGAGCCCUG